AUGUCAUCGGUGUCAACGCCUAGGAAAAGAUCAAUCGCUGAUGAAGACGAAUUGCCCUCGUUCGACGACCCUGCAGAUUUGGUCAACGCGGUGAUAACGCAGCUCCAGACUCCUGAGGAGAGAACCACGGUCUCAUUGACCUUUGCUAACAACAAUAACGUCCCCACUGAAGUCCAGGCGUAUGCCAAGAUUGCAGGCCCAGACUGGACUUUCUAUGUGAAGUCGCUUGCGGUAAGCAUUGGUCGAAAUACAGAGCAACCUCCGCCAGCCCCAAACACCAACAACACCAGCAACACCAAUAACAAUGUCCUUAUCGACAUUGACUUGGGCCCAGCCAAAGUGGUUUCUCGUCAGCAUGCCAACAUCAUCUACAACUUGGAUUUGAGAUGCUGGGAAUUGAAAGUAUUGGGAAGAAACGGGGCCAGAAUUGAUGGACAGAAGGUUGCAGUGACCACGCUGAACCCACUUCACUCAGGGGCCAUUUUGGACAUUGGAGGAACGCAAAUGAUGUUCAUCUUGCCAGAUACCCCUCCAAUUAUACUGAGCAAGUUGAAGAAUCAAUACUUAUUGAAGUAUAAGAACAGUGCAAACAAGAGGAAGAUAUCGGCCUCUGGGGGAUCUCAUUCACAUUCGAAUUCCACGCACUCGAUGUCUCAUUCUCGUUCUCAAUCGUUCAAUAACAAUAAUAAUUACCACAUGCCAACGAUUAAAUCGUUCCAAAUGUUUGAUAAGAACCAGUUGAGUCAAUCUCCUUCCACGUCGGCAACUUCGCUUCAAAAUAACUUAGACCAAGAUUUAUCGAAAGAGGAAGCAAAGGACAUCAAGCCUCCUUACUCCUACGCUACUAUGAUCACCCAGGCAAUUUUAUCCAACGAUGACGGAGUAAUGUCUUUAAAUGAAAUUUAUAACUGGAUAGGAAACCAUUACGCCUAUUAUAAAUAUUCCAAGACUGGAUGGCAAAACUCAAUUAGGCAUAACUUAUCAUUAAAUAAGGCUUUUGAAAAAGUUCCUCGUAGGCCAAACGAGCCUGGAAAGGGAAUGAAAUGGCAAAUUAGUGAACUGUAUAAGCAAGAUUUCUUGAGUAAGAUUCAAAAUGGUUCGAUACUGAAAGCAAGAAGAGGUUCUAGUGUCUCUAGACAAUUACAAUUACAUUUGGCAACUCACCAACAAUUGCCAGAAAGUCAAAAAUAUUACCUGAAAAUGGACCAGAAUCUUUUACAACAACAGCACCAACAGCAGUUUCUUAACCAACCCCCAAACAUGUACGAACACCAAAGAACAAAUAGUUUACCCAAAUUAGGACAACCUAUGCAAUAUGGACAAAUUCCUAACAACCCAGUUCAACCUAAUGCUUUAGCUUACCUCAACCAACAACAAAAUGGAGGUUAUGUAGGACAACAAGGACAACAACAGCAACAACAACAAAGGUUUGGAGGUUUCCAGGCACCUGUUCCACCUCAUAUGAUUUAUGGAAUUCACCCACAACAACAACCUCCGCAACUCCAGCAACAGCAAAUGGCGCAGCAGCUGAACGCACAGUUGCAUCAACUUCAAUUACAGCAACAUCAACAACACCAACAUCAAUUGGGAGGCAAUAAUUCGCAACCUCAACAGCAACUGCCAAUUAAUCUUAGUGGAGGUGGAGUCAAACCAGAACUUUCCUCCCCUAUACGUCAAUUAAGUGAACUUAAUAGUAUGACACCAAAACUCCCAAAGGUCGUUGGCCAUAACUUGUAUAAUUUACCUCCACCACCUGCUCAAUCGAGUAAUGUGUCAACGGCACCACAUGCACACCACUCUAGAAACAACUCACUCAAUCAAUUAACUUCAAACACUACUAAUGGAAAUAAUAAUAGUAACAGCACCACUGCCACCAGUACAAAUUCCAGCAAUUCAGUUAACAAUACCGCAUUAACAACAAACAAUAAUAGUGCAAAUAUAUCUAAAGACCAAAGCAGUGGCGGAGCAAAUGCUGGUUCUAAUGAUUUAAUUGGAUUUACAAGUCCAAAAAAAAUUACUCCACUUGAAGCGUUUACACCAGAAAGAGGUUCAAAAUCGACUGGUGGACCUAAUAAACUCGGAGCACCAAGUGGAACCCAUACAAAUCAAUCGUCACCGGCAUUUUGGAACUUCGUUCAAUUCAGUACGCCAAAUGCUCAGACACCCUUACGUAAAGAUAGUGACAGUGGACUGAAUGGUCAAGGAAGCCCAACUCUAAUGGGCAAGCAGCUUUCUCUAAACGAUAAUUCUCCAUUGAAGUCAAAGAAUUUAGAGAAGAGAGGAGGAGCGGGGGAUGAAAACAAGUUAGAAGACAACCCAAAAAGAAAUGAAGUGAAUGCAUAA